UCACGUGUCCAGGGACAAUUUAUGGACCCUUUGGUUGAGAAGGACCAGAGACGGACGUUUAUAGCAGGCCGCGGAGAACUCGAGACGACUGAUUGCCCUAUUUUUGCCACUUACAACAGCAACUUUGGCAACAAUAUUAUUCCAAGAGUUGCAAAUCAACCGACAAGGCAAGGCUGUACGGUUGACGGAGACAUCCAGGGGCCAUGGGCGAUCAGGACUCCCGAGACCUGCGCAGAUCCAGUAGCCCUCCUCCGUCUUACGAAGCAGCCAUCCGUGACCCCGUUGUCAUGGCGGCGAUCCGAAGAGAAAGCCACGACUACGACAACUCGAGUUACGAACCGAACGAAGAUGACCUCAGCUCUAGGAGACAGGACUCCAUUGUCUCAAGCGGAUCAGAAACAGAAUCUCAUCGUGUAAACGGAGAAACGCAGACAAACGAAGAGGAGUUUGAUGACGAUUUUCCGGAUGACGGUCCCUCUGAAAAUGGUUCUGUAGUGGCGAAUGGAGACGUAGACGUUAAGAUAUUUUCUCAGGUGGCACCCAUCUGUAGGAGGAAAUCUUACGAAGAUGCAUUUGAAAUCAGGAGUAGCAGUAAAAAGAGAAGAAAAUGGAAAGUCAAGAAGGAAAAAAAAGAGAAAAAAGAAGGAGAAGAAGAGAAAACAGAAAUGAUUGGCUUCUCUGAAUUGAUGCGAUAUGCUGACAAAGUGGAUGUUAUCUACAUGAUCUUGGGCACCAUAUGUUCUGUCCUGGAUGGCGUCAUGCAGCCUAUCCUCCUCUAUGUCAUGGGUAAUAUGGUGGAUGUGUUCACCAACUACGGAAAGUUUGACGCCAUCUGCCGGGAAGUCUUUGGGUACAGUAGCAUCUACAACUGCACCUUCGACAAUGCCACGUUUGCCAACUUCAGUCUGAAUGAACAGCAAUGGGACGAUGCGUUAGGGAUCACGGUGGUCAUGGCAGACUUGUCGUACUAUUUCGUUGGCUUGGCUUUCGGUGUGGUGAUAUUCGGAUACCUCCAGAUUGCCUUCUGGACACUAGCCGGAGCACGGCAAACGCGACGGAUCAGGCAGAACUUUUUCCGUGCCGUGAUGAGGCAGGAAGUCGGCUGGUUCGACACAAACCCGAGCGGGGAACUCAACUCUGUGCUAGCUGAUGAUAUGAACAAAGUCCAGGAAGCCAUGAGUGACAAGGUCAGCAUGUUCAUCCAGCGCAUGACGACGACGUUUGGCGGGCUGAUUCUGGGAUUCACGCAGAGCUGGAAGCUGACCCUGGUCAUCAUGUUCGGCUGUGCUCCGCUACUGUUCAUUGGCGCAUACGCCAUAUCAAAGGCCACAGCGACCUUGUCAGAGAAGGUGUCUGCAGCCUACAGUAAAGCAGGAGCCGUGGCCGAGGAGAUUCUGUCAUCCAUACGGACUGUGGCAGCCUUCGGUGGGGAGAAAAAGGCAGCGGACAAGUACUACCAAAACCUGGGUGAUGCUGAGAAGGCGGGUAUAAGGAAAGGCAUCAUCACCGGGGUGGGGCUGGGGUACAUCUGGCUCAUCGUGUUUGCUUCCUACGCGCUCGCCUUCUACUACGGCUCCGUCCUGGUCGCCAACGAGGGAUUCACAGUCGGCGGCUUGAUCACAGUGUUCAUGGGAGUGCUGAUCAGCGCCAUCGUGUUCGGAGAAGCCAUGCCGAACCUGGAGGUAAUCAACACAGGAAGGGGCGUGGCCAAGGGCAUCUUUGAAAUGAUUGACAGGGUUCCUCUGAUUGACAGUAGUUCUACAGAAGGCCUAAAGCUGGACAACACUCAGGGAAACUUUGAGUUCAAAGACAUUCAUUUUCACUACCCAGCCAGACCUGAAGUCAAGGUGCUGAAUGGUCUGAACCUCCAGGUGAGGAAGGGCCAGACGGUGGCUCUGUGCGGCUCCAGCGGCUGUGGGAAGAGCACCACUGUCCAGCUGAUACAGAGGUUCUAUGAUCCCACCAAGGGAAUGGUGACUUUAGAUGGGCACGACAUCCGGUCGCUGAAUAUCCAGUGGCUUCGGCAGAACAUCGGUGUGGUGAGCCAGGAGCCCGUGCUGUUCGCCACCACCAUCGCUGAGAACAUCUCCUACGGUCGGGCCGGAGUCACACAGGAGGAGAUCGAGAAGGCGGCGAAGGAAGCCAACGCACAUGACUUCAUCAAGAGGUUGCCAAAGAAAUACAACACACUGGUGGGAGAGAGGGGUGCCCAACUGUCUGGAGGUCAGAAGCAGAGGAUCGCAAUCGCCCGGGCACUUGUACGCAACCCCAAGAUCCUCCUGCUGGAUGAGGCCACCUCUGCACUGGAUACCGAGAGUGAGGCGACAGUGCAGGAGGCCUUGGACAAGGCUCGGCAGGGUCGCACCACCAUUGUCAUUGCCCAUCGUCUGUCAACCAUCAAGAAUGCUGAUGUCAUCAUGGGCUUCAGGAAGGGACAAGUGGUAGAAAUGGGCACACACAACCAGCUGAUGCUGAAGAGGGGUGUGUACUACCACCUGGUGAUGUCGCAAACCAUGAAAAAAGUUGACAAUGACAGUGACGAAGAGGAGGAAGACUAUCCUAUUAGGCCUAGAACCCAUUCCCGUCGCAGUCUACGCCGGUCAGCAUCAGGUCGAAGGUCAAUGAGGGGGAUGGUAACUGAAAGGGCACGAACUCUGUCCAUGCUGUCUGCGGCAACGUCAGCCGCAGGUGACUCCAGCAGCGAUUCAUCGGAUGAGGAGGAAGGCGAUUUUAUUAACGAGGCUUCCAUUGGUCGAAUUGCCAAGAUGAACCGUUCUGAGUGGCCCUACAUCCUGUUUGGUGUGAUCGGAGCCUUCAUUAAUGGAGCCAUCCAACCAAUCUUUGCUGUUUUAUUCUCUGAGAUCCUGAAUGCCUUUGCAGCACCUGGGGGAAAUAGCCAGGUCCUGGACUCCAUCAUGGUUCUGGCUCUGAUGUUCCUGGGACUGGGACUCAUCGCUCUCCUGUCCAACAUCCUGGAGUUCUACAUGUUUGCAAAAUCAGGAGAAAUCUUGACCAAGAAGAUGAGACAGCUGGCCUUCACAACAAUGCUUAGACAGGAGAUUGGUUGGUUUGAUGACCAUAAGAACAGCACAGGAGCGUUGACUACCCGGCUAGCAGCUGAUGCCUCUAUGGUGCAAGGGGCCACAGGCAUCCAGCUUGGUUCCAUCGUCGAGUCUGUGUCCUUGAUGGGUAUCUCCAUCAUUAUUGCGUUCAUCGCGGGUUGGAAGCUGACGUUUGUCGUGCUUGGGUUCCUGCCGUUCCUGGUUCUAUCCGGCGCCAUGUCACAACGAGCUCUGCAGGGUCAUGCUGCCAGGGACAAGGAGGCACUGGAGGAAUGUGGCAAGCUUGCUACAGAAGCCAUUGAGAAUGUACGGACAGUGGCAGCCCUGACCAAAGAGCCUAUGUUUGCGGACAACUACAACAAGUCCCUGUAUGGACCCUACAAGGAGUCUAAGAAGAAGGCUCACAUCUUUGGCUUCUCCUACGGCUUCUCCCAGUCUAUCCAGUUCUUUGCCUACGCUGCAGCCUUCAGCUUUGGAGCCUGGCUCAUCACCAUACAGGAGAUGAGGUUUUAUGAAGUCUUCAGGGUGUUCUCAGCUAUCGUGUUCAGCGGAACUGCGCUGGGAAGAGCGAGCUCGUACGCUCCUGACUACGCCAAAGCCAAGAUGGCAGCUGCGAGAAUAUUUGACCUUGUGGAUCGCAAACCACUGAUAGACAGUGGUCAUGAAGGUGGUGACAAACCGAGCAACCUGGUCGGCAACAUCACCUUCAAGGACGUUCGUUUUGUCUACCCGACACGACCAGACAUUCGGAUCCUGAACGGGCUGAACACGGAGAUACAGGCGGGUCAGACGUGUGCGCUGGUCGGCAGCAGCGGAUGUGGGAAGAGUACCAGUGUGUCGUUACUGGAGAGGUUCUAUGAUCCUAUAGAUGGCAAUGUGCUGAUUGACAACAGAGAUGUGCGGUCCCUGAACAUCCAAUGGCUGCGCUCCCAGCUGGGCAUCGUGUCUCAGGAACCAAUUCUCUUCGACAUGUCCAUCGGGGAAAACAUCGCGUACGGCGACAACUCACGCGUAAUCAGCCAAGAUGAGAUUGUGGAGGCAGCAAAGUCUGCAAACGCUCACGACUUCAUCUCAGCUCUGCCUGAUGGCUAUAACACAGGAGUAGGAGACAGGGGUACUCAGCUGUCAGGAGGACAGAAACAGAGGAUCGCAAUCGCCCGGGCGCUUGUACGCAAACCCAAGAUUCUGCUCCUGGAUGAGGCAACGUCUGCUCUGGACACAGAAAGCGAGAAGGUGGUUCAAGAAGCUCUUGAUAGAGCCAGCCAGGGCCGGACGUGCAUCGUUAUCGCUCACCGGCUGACGACCAUCCAGGACUCUGACAAGAUCGUUGUUAUCCACAAAGGGAAGAAGAUAGAGGAAGGCAAGCAUGAGAAGCUGAUGAAACUUAACGGUGGCCAGUACAGGAGGCUGUCCGUCAUCAGCCAGAGAUAGGUGCCUGACGAAACUUGCAUGACACUGUCUGUUAUUAGCCAGAUAUAGGUGCCUGAUGAAGAGUACAUUGCUGCCCAUUAAACAG